AUUGUGUCCACGCUGUCGUCAAGGCCAAUGGGCGGGGCCAGUGUGCAUACCUAAUAAGACAGUCAUACACUGUGUAAUGUAGGACGCUCUAUAGCAAGGACAUAGAUAUACGGAUGUCACGUGACGGAUGAGAGGGUUGGGUUUGUAUUAUAUUGUGUAUAAAGAGAUUUUAGGCGUGUGCGCCGGCGCCAUUCCGGUACUGUCCCCCGACUAAUCGUACGUACGUCUGUUCUGCGACGAAUUCGUCAGCCAUCAUGAGUCGUGGUCACGGUAAUGUCCUGAGUAGCGCCGACAUCCUGCUCGGCAAUGUGUCGGGCUCGUCCUGGCAGCAAACCCAGCGCUCUGGCGGUGGGGGAACCAUCAGCACCAGCUACUCGACUGGCGGCGGUGGCUUCGGCGGCGGCGGCGGUGGCGGGUACGGCGGCGGCCGGGGAGGGGGAUCCAGCAUGGCCUUGGUCCCCGCCGGUCGUGCCUCGGCGAGCUUUUCCUCGUCGUCUGUUAGCUUCAGCGCCGGCGGUGGUGGCGGCGGCGGCGGUAUCAGCGGCAUGUGGACGGAGGAGAAGCCGACCAUGCGGGGGCUGAACGACCGUCUCAGCGCCUACCUGGCCCGUGUGCGUGCCCUGGAGCAGGCCAACGCCGCCCUGCAGGCCCAGAUCAACUCCGCGGCGGGGCUCGGGCAGAGCGACGAAGACGCCUACGACUGGCAGCCGGACCUGGACGCCGCCAGGGAGGCCCUGCUCAAGGCCAACCUCGAGCGAGCCCGCGUCGAGAUCGAGAGGGACUCCUACGCUCUUGAGGUGGAGCAAUGGAGGGGCAAGCUGGAGAGGGAGAUGGACCUCCGCGCGGACUUGGAGGCCGACAUCAACGCCCUGAAGAGGGAGAUGGACGAGGCUAACAUGGCCAAGGUUGACCUGGAGGGCCAGAUCGAGGGCGCCAAGAGCGAGCUGGAGUUCAUGAAGCAAGUUCAUGAGCAGGAAGUGAAGGACCUGCGUGACCGGAUCGCCGGUUCCGGUGGCGGCGGUGUGGACGUCCAGAUGAGCACUGGCAGCUCCCAGGACCUGGUGGCGGCUCUGAAGGCCAUCCGUGAGGAGUACGAGGAAAUCGCCAGGAAGAACAAGGAAGACCUUGAGAGGCAGUUCGAGAAGAAGUCUGAGGCGGUGAAGCAGGAGGCUUCCAAGGACGUGGAGGCGGCCAGCGUGGCCAUGUCUGAGGUGAAGGAGAUGAAGAGCCAGGUGCAGGGACUGAUGGCCGAACUGGAGGCCCUCAAGGCCAUGCAACGUUCGCUGGAGGAGCAGAUCGCUGAUGCCGAGCGUACCAACGCCUUUAACCUGGAGGCGAAGGUCGUCAUCUAUGACCAGCUGAAGGCAGAGAUCGGCCGUCUGAAGGCUGAGAUGUCCGCGACCCUCAAGAGCUACAACGACAUGAUGAAGACCAAGUUGGCUCUGGAGGAAGAGAUCAGCAUCUACAACAACCUCCUGCAGGGCGAGGAAGGCCGGCGUGUGCGCCGGCGCCAUUCUGGUACUGUCCCCCGACUAUAUCGUACGUACGUCUGUUCUGCGACGAAUUCGUCAGCCAUCAUGAGUCGUGGUCACGGUAAUGUCCUGAGUAGCGCCGACAUCCUGCUCGGCAAUGUGUCGGGCUCGUCCUGGCAGCAAGUCGGGUCCACCAUCGGUGGGGGACAAAUCAGCACCACCUUCAGGCCUGGCUUCGGCGGGCAGGGCCCCAGCACGGCCUUGGUCCCUAUCGGUCGUCCCCGGCCCCAGGCCUCCUCGUCGUCGUCGAUUAGCAUCAACAUCAGCAGCGGCAUCAGCGGCAUGUGGACGGAGGAGAAGCCGACCAUGCGGGGGCUCAACGACCGUCUCAGCGCCUACCUGGCCCGCGUGCGUGCCCUGGAGCAGGCCAACGCCGCCCUGCAGGCCCAGAUCAACUCCGCGGCGGGGCUCGGGCAGAGCGACGAAGACGCCUACGACUGGCAGCCGGACCUGGACGCCGCCAGGGAGGCCCUGCUCAAGGCCAACCUCGAGCGAGCCCGCGUCGAGAUCGAGAGGGACUCCUACACCCUUGAGGUGGACCAAUGGAGGAUCAAGCUGGAGAGGGAGAUGGGCAUCCGCGCUGACUUGGAGGCCGACAUCAACGCCCUGAAGAGGGAGAUGGACGAGGCUAACAUGGCCAAGGUCGACCUAGAGGGCCAGAUCGAGGGCGCCAAGAGCGAGCUGGAGUUCAUGAAGCAAGUUCAUGAGCAGGAAGUGAAUGACCUGCGUGACCGGAUCGCCGGUUCCGGUGGCGGCGGUGUGGACAUCCAGAUUGGCCAGACCAGUUCUCAGGACCUGCUGGCAGCCCUACAGGCCAUCCGUGAGGAGUACGAGGAAAUCGCCAGGAAGAACAAGGAAGAUCUUGAGAGGCAGUUCGAGAAGAAGAGUGGGCAGGUCCAGCAACAGGCUUCCCAACAGCAGGAGGCGACUGGCGUGGCCAUCUCUCAAGUGAAGGAGUUGAAGAGCCAGGUGCAGGGACUGAUGGCCGAGCUGGAGGCCCUGAAGGCCAUGCAACGUUCGCUGGAGGAGCAGAUCGCUGAUGCCGAGCGCGACAACGCCUUUAACCUGGAGGCGAAGGUCGUCAUCUACGAGCAGCUGAAGGCAGAGAUCAGCCGUCUGAAGGGUGAGAUGUCCGCGACCCUCAAGAGCUACAACGACAUGAUGAAGAUCAAGUUGGAACUGGAGGCAGAGAUCGCCAUGUACAACCAACUCCUGCAAGGCGGGGAGGAAAGCAUUGAAGGAGGAGGGCAGCAGGAACAGGCGGGGCAGGAAGUGAUUUACGGUCACAAGAGACAGUUGCCGACGGAGCAAGUGUCGUUCCAGAAACAGUCGACGACCAAGAUCUGCCCACAUCGCGUGCUGCGCCCUGCAAAUCCACCAAGCUUGCAGUCGAGCUCUUUCUCUCUGUGCCGCUGUGUUUUAAGACCUAGAAAUCAAGCCAAGAUGUCUGUGAGCUAUUCCUCGACGACUUAUACAAGUGGAGGCGCGCCCAUGACUAACAUCAAGCUCGGGCAGGGCGGCGUUUUCUCCCAAGUGGCGUCCAGCGGGGGUAGCGGUACCGUACGGUCCUCGUGGAGCCUGGGCGGGCGGGCCAGCACGGGCGGCGGCGGGCUGAACGCCUCCUCCGGCGCGCUGGUACCAGUCCGUGCGUCGUACACCUCGGUGAGCUAUGGCGGCACGGGGUUUGGAGCCGGCGGCGUCAACAUCAACGCCACCGAGAAGAUUGAGAUGCAGGGGCUGAACGAUCGUCUCGGCCGCUACAUCGCUAAGGUCCGCUCCCUGGAGGAGGCCAACCGCCAGCUGCAGAUACAGAUCAACGAGGCGUCCGCCGCGGCGGCGGUACAGGACGAUGGCAUCGACUGGGCGGCGGAGCUGACGGCGGCACGGGAGGCGCUCCUCGCCGCUAACCUGGAGCGGGCCCGCGUGGAGAUCGCCAGGGACUCCGUACUGCUGGAGGUGAACCAGUGGAGGGAGAAGAUUGAGGGAGUUCUGGAACAGAGGGCUACACUGGAGGAUGAGGUGAACAUGCUGAAAAGGGAGCAGGAGGAGCUGGCUAUGGAGAAGGUUGACCUUGAGGGUCAGAUCGAGGGCGCGCAGGGCGAGCUGGAGUUCCUGAAACAGAUCCACAAGCAGGAGGUGGCCGAGCUGAAGGAGCGCAUCAAGGCGUCCGGGAACAUCGAGAUAGAGACGAAGUUUGAGACAGUUGACCUGACCGCGGCUCUGAAGGCGAUCCGUGAGCAGUAUGAGGAGAUAGCCCGCCGGAACCGAGCUGACGUGGAGGCGUCCUUCCAGGACAAGGUUUCUGCCGUGAAGGUGGAGCAGGCGCAGAGUAACGAGGCCUUGACUCUGGUGAAGUCGGAGAUUAACGAAAUCCGCCGAACUCUGACGGGUCUUCAGGCCGAACUGGAGGCUCUCAAGGCUCAGCAAGCUGCCAUCUUGGAUUCCAUCGCCUGCGCUGAGCGGGACAACGCCUCGGCCAUGGAGGCUAAGAUGGAGAUCAUCUCCAGCCUGAACGGCGAGCUGUCCCGCCUGAAGACCGAGAUGGAGCGUGUGCUGAAGGAGUACCAGGACCUGAUGAACACCAAGCUGGCUCUGGAGGCAGAGAUCAACCAGUACAACACCCUGCUGUCCGGGGAGGAGAGCAGGAUGACUCAAUUCAGCGCCUAGAUCACCUACACGGUUUUGUGUUGGAGCCUCACAGCAUGUGACGUCACAUCAAGGCCUUACUGACGACAUGAAGAUAUAUUGUCGCUUUUAACGUAGUGGAAACAAAGUAGUCAAACCAAGAGCACGAGCAAAACUUCUCAUAGCUCUCUUUAGAUGUUUCUUCAAUAUAUGUCAGGGCUUUAAGGUUGUUCUUUGUGGUGACAGGGUUUUGGCUGAGCUGAAUAAAAGCCAUUUAAC